AUGGACGACAUGACCACCCCCCGUUGGGGAAGCGAGUACAAUCCCGUCACCAACUCGUGGGCGGACAAGUUGGUCGCACAAAGACCAGCGACCCUUCUGCGUGCGUGGUGCCGCAUCCCAGUCGCGGCUGGCCCUUCGACUCUUCGCAAGGGCAUGACCAUCAUGAAGCGGGUGGGCCGAUCGGCCAAAUCUCGUGCGGUGAGGCCGCAGACGGUGGCGGCCAGCCAGGUCGCAGAAGAGACUGAGGAGACUCAGCAGGCGAGCCGUCGCCGUCUCGGCUCGUUUGUACCAGCGGCCGAAGACGCAGUGUUGGAGCUGGGGGGAGAGCCUCUGUCUAGAGCAGAGAUAGCAAGCGCAAUCAUGCGCGCCAAGGUGGACGUAGCAAACUGCUACCUCCACGAAGAAUAUACCGACGUAUCAGACCAGAGGAAGCUGGCCAAGCAGAGCCAGUACACCAAGAAGACUGUCCCCAUGAAGCGCCGCUUCAACGACCACUCCUCCAUCGAUUUUGAAUACGCGAGCGGCGGCAAUGGGGCCGCCAUUUACAGAGAGCUCGACCCCAUCAUUUCCAGAGCUAUGCAGGCCGGCGUCACGGAAAUCGACGUCAACAUGGCAUCCAUCACAGAGGCUGGAGCCCACCUACGAUCUACACGUCGCAACCCACGAGUUUCUCUCGCUGCCAGCGGCAUGCCAGAGCUAUCAGACAUCGCAGACGACAGCGAGCCGUCAAGCGUUCUGACCUUGGAGCCUAAUGAGUCCAUGUCAGAUGCCAAGUCUCCGACGAAGCGAGAUUCCACCCAAUCUCCAAGCCCUACCAAGAGCAACAAGAGCUUCCGCAAGAGACUCAGCGAUACAAUUGUCAGACUGUUGCCAGGCUCCUCACCUCGUGCUGAGCCUUCUCCCACCAAGCCUUCUUCUCCUCCGACGCCUAGCAAGGAGUUUGUAAGCCCUAGCAAACGAACGCCAUCCAUUAGCAUGCCCAAGAGCCCCAGUGCAUCCAAGUCACCUUUGCUGUCGGCAAAUUCUACUCCUGGCCUCAUUCGAUGGUCCAACAAGUCUUCCACAGAGUCACCUUUUGCUCGAUGGCGCCCAAAGCGCAAGUCGGAACCUGCUCGUCUCUCGACAACACCAUCACCUCCUCGCAACGACUCCUCGACCUUGGAUUUUACAAUGGAUCAGAGCUUCAUUGUGCCCGAAUCACCUGUCUACCACUCUCGCCCCAAGGCUCCUACCCCCUCCAAAUGGAGUGGCCUUCUGCCUUCAACCCCUAGUCAAAAGCCAUCCCCUACAGCUGCCACGCCUGUCAAUGACGGGGCGUCUUUGGAUUUGGUCAAAUCCCUGCCUGAGUGGAUGCAGCACAACCUGUCACCUACAACUCUCGAAAAAUGCGAUCCUAGCAAAAUCCAUUUCAGACCCGCCUCUCCAUCAUUUACCAAUUCAGUUUCGUGGGUCAAUAGCCCAACAGACGUUAUUGAGAACGAGCGCACAAAGAUUGUCAGGCGACGCAAAAGUGAGCCGCUGUCCAGAAACAUGCUCAAAUCCCAGACUUUACGGCGCAUCUCACUUUCACCUCACAAGCUCAUCAGAUCUGGUGAUAUGAGUGGGGCCAUGCCCACCAUUGAUGAACCAGCCCCCAACCAUGAAGAUGCCAUCUCUCAACUUCCCCAGCACACUCAGGCUUCUGAACUCUUCAACUCUUCUGCGACUCAACCAAACACUCCCAACAACGCUGUUACCGAACAAACCGCAGGUAUGGAGACUGAUUUCAGCCAACUCUCCUGGAAUUACAAGGCGGAUAUAGAAGAUAUCCUGCGACAGAAGCGGAACGCUCCUCCUCCUGUUCGCCAUCCAGAUGAUGUUUUCGACGAUCCCGAUGACAGAUACCGCCUCCCAUCUCCUCCCCCGCAUAACCCAGUCAAGCGUUUGGCCCGGAUGGCAGAGACCGGAUGCUUUGAUAAGGCCAGUGUCAUGGUUGGCAGGAAGGAAGGAAGACUCCUUGUUCAGUUUAAGUUACCGAUCAAGUACAAACAUCUGUUUCCCAAAAACCAAGAGAUAGAGGAACCCAGCCAGUCGACUGCUUCACCUUCAGAGCCACAGUCUCCCAUACUCCAGUUCUUCCGCGAAUUCCCAGAGGAUACGCCUGAGCCUCCCAAAUAUCAGCCCGCUGACAAGACUCUUGUUGUUUCCGACUUUGGCGGCUCUCCUGCAAAGCAAUCUUCGCUGCCUGCUGAGAAUGAAGCAUCUCAUCUCGUGGACGAGACUCUUGUCGUUUCCGAUUUCGGCUCUCCUGCGAAGCACUCACUGUCUGCCGGGCAUGAAGAAGCUUAUAACACGCCUUACGUGAGCCCAGAGCCUCUCGUGAACGUGGAGCCUCCCAUGAACUCAGACAGCAGCUCGCCUCUCUCUGACCUUGAGAACACGCCGCCUCUGAACCCAUCAUCUGAAUUGAGCAUCGCCAUCAUGGCUACACAAAACCAAGCAGAGCAGUCUACCUCUACGCAUGGCGAACCAUCACCCGCCGAUUCGACAACUGACAUCGCUCCUGCCUCUACCUCGCCCAUCUCAUUUACGCCCGUGAACCAAGCCAGCGCUCAAAAGAAGUCAGCACCCAACUCAACCCGCAGCCCAGAACUCGGAAAGCAAUACCCAAUCAGCCACGACGAUACCCCUGAGCGUGAUUUUCUGCGUGAUUUUAUCAGACGUUCGAAGCCACGACGUCACUCUACCACCGAAACCGGCUCCCCUAUUGCACCUCCUCCGCGUCAACCUCUUGGAGCUAGAAGCCCUAACAUGGAGACUCAGCCAAAGGAGAAGCGCAAGUUCGAGAGCAGCGAAGGAGAAGAAAACGAGAACGAGAACGAGAACGAAACCAAGCCGGAGCCUGCUGCCAAGCGAGUUCGCCGCAUGCCUCGAGCCACUCCGUCAAAGUCGAAGCCUGUUGCUACCAAUUACCACUCGGAUGAAGAGCCCCUCGCCAACGAUGCGACAGCGACAUCAGCCAAGAGCAGUGAUGGUGCCGAUGAACUUGCAAACACCAAAGAGCAAAAGGAGGCUUCAGUUGCUGCUGUAUCCCGUCGAUCAUCGCGUUUGAAGGCCAAGCCAAGUGCCAUUCCCAAGCCAUCGAUUCCUGCACCUACCAAAAUCGGCCGUGGACGCCCACCCACCAACUCAACCCUGGGUUCCGUGCGCAACGAGCAGCAGGACUUGGUCCACCAAACCCGUGCCAACACUCGCCGUAACAAGGGGAAUGCGGAGUAUCCUGCCCAGGUAUUGGCCAGACAGUCUUCGGAUGAAGAGGGAGACGGAAGCCAACAGGACGAAGCUGAAGCCAAGGCGCGACGCGGCAAGAGCGUCGUUUGGAAGGAACCAUUGGCCUCGUAUCAGGAGGAAGAGAAGCCAAAGAGGGGGCGGCCGGCGGCAAAGGCCAAGCCGGUUGGCAACCGGGUUUCCAAGCCCGCGGCCAAACCCUCGGCGGCGGCACAGAAGCAGCGGUCCACCAGGAUCGCGGCCGGUCUAGGAAUGGUAGAGAACGGGACUCCUGCCCCCAAGCGCGCGACCCGCGCGUCUACACGGACUCGGAAGUGA